AUAAUAAAGUAAUUUUGAACAUUUUCUGUAAUUCGAAUAAUAUUAAGAUUUCAGAAAUGUAAGCGUUUUGAAAUUGGUUGAUGUUAAUAUCAUAUAGUAAUUAAAUAUAUACGUUCACUGCUAUACAUUGCCAAGAUCUGCUGUACUUGACGUUUGAGUUGUUUUUAUAAUUCAACUAAUUCUUUCUGGAAAUAUUAAGAUAAGUACAAUGUUUGUGACAAUACCAAUUAUUUCUCAAAGCGUUGACAAUUCUGAUUAUUACCAAACCUAAAAUCACUUGCUAUAUCAGAACAUUAAGACGUUAUGGAGGAUAGAUUAAGUAUAACAUCAGCAGAUUCCAUCAUAUCGAGUGAAGAAUUUGAAAUUGUGCCAGAAAAACCAGUCAGCAGUCCAAACUUACCAAAUACUCCUACUCUUAACAUUGCCCAUGGAAACCUGGAUGAUUUGAAACAAACUCUGACUGAAGUUUUAUAUGAGCCCGAUGUAAAUUCUGGUAGGAAUACACAAAGUUUAUCUUCUUCUAUACGUGUUAUUGGAUCUAGUUCAGCAAUGGACUCAGAAAAUAUCAAAAUUGAUGCUGCCAGAAAAGUAGGUCAAUCCACCUUUUAUGAUAACAAGGAUGAACAUGUCAGCUCUGUUGCAACUGAAAAAGCAGAUGACAUGAAACCUGAAACAUUGGAAACUGAUGAUGACGAUUCCCUAGCGGUGUCUGAUAUUGACCAAGAUUGCACAGUUUUUAAUGGGGUCACCUAUUUGGGAGCUGCUAAUAUCAAUGCACCAAAAAGUGAGGCUGAAAUUCAUCGGAACAUGUCUGUAUUAAACAGUGCUCCUGGGGGUUUGAAAGUCAGCGUCAGUGUACCUACCUGUUCAGAAGGAGUUGUUGUCCUUUAUGAUGGAAGUAAUAAUUCUGUGAUGGCCCGUUAUGAAAUACAUAGGAUUUUAUUCUAUGCUCGAGGAGCUGCUGGAAGUGCUGAUGCUGCUUGUUUUGCAUUUACUUGGUCACAUGGUGAAAGCCAAGAGUGUGCUGUGUUUCAAUGUCAUGUAUUUAGAUGUGACAUAGCAGAAGCUGUCGGCCAAGUUUCAAGCUGUUUUGCAAAGGCUUUUCAAAGAGUGCCAAAAUCAAUGGCAUCCAGUUUUGCAAGCGCUAGCGAUAUGAAUUCGUCUAUGCUGAGCGCUUCCGGUAACGCUAUGUUGGCCUCACAAUCUGGUUUAGAGCCUCAGCCUGGAAGACAAGUUAUGUUUGUUUUUGAAGUUAAUAUGGAAAUCAGAGAACAAGAUGCUAAGGGUCAAUAUCAUGCAGUGCCAAAAGAUAGAAGUUAUUUUAAGCUUAGAUGCAAUGUGGACAAAGAAAUUUGUAUAUCAGUUCAACAAGUACAUUCAGCUCAUGGUUUAAAUGGUGAAGAAAAUAAAAAAGAUCGUUCAGGAUUAUUAGAAAUUGAUAGAUGUUUUGGUGUUUUGUUGAGUCCAGGGAGACAUGUACGCCACGGAGAUAUGCAACUGCUGGAAAUGAUAUCAAUGGGCAGUGGACCACCUGACUCACCAUCUUAUAAUAUAAGAGCUCAAUGGGAUCCUUUGGAAUCGGCAUUUGAACCUCUAAAUGUCGAAAGUGCUAAAGAAUAUAUUACUGUCGCUGUAGAUCUUGUGAUUAAAGGAAUUAGGGAACCAUUAAGAUUUCUAAUAGAGACACCAGUGAAAAUAUUUGCACAAAAUGAACGAUUCUGGUAUUUUUCUAAAAGACCACUUAUACAGCAAUUUUUUGUAAAUCUGAAGGAGGUGCCUGGUUCUGAUCCUACAGAAAUUUCAUUUGAAGUAUUGAAUAUAGAAACAUCAGGAGAAUUGGAUCGUAACCGCUUGAAUUUAACAUUAAAUCUUGCAAACCUUAUAAAAUCUCCCAGCUUCCCAAGUAUUGACGUUGAUACAUUGAGCCCAAAAGAUGAUGAUAGUUCUGAUGGUGAUGAGCCUUUGUUGAGUGGUACUGGUGAAGUAUCAAAAGAAUGCUGUGAAAGUGUUCUGGAGGAUUGGGCUGAAGUUUUAAAAGCUUGGCAAGGUAAUCAAAAACCAAAACAACUAGCUAAUCUAGUCAGAAUGGGUAUACCAGAGGCUUUGAGGGGAGAAGUUUGGCAACGGUUAGCAAAUUCGGAAAAUAAUAUUGCAAUGAUGGAUCGAUACAGAGUUCUUAUAACCAAGGAAAGUAGCUGCGAAAAUGUUAUACAGCGCGACAUAAAUAGAACAUUUCCAGCCCAUGAUUUCUUCCGAGAAGCCGGUGGUUUAGGGCAAGAUUCUCUUUAUAGAGUUAGUAAGGCUUAUGCAGUAUAUGAUUCAGAAGUGGGUUACUGCCAAGGUCUUAGCUUCCUCGCAGCAACACUUCUACUUCAUAUGCCAGAAGAACAAGCUUUUUGUGUUUUGGUUCGUCUUAUGUAUGGUUACGGUUUGAGAGAUUUAUACAAAGAUGGAUUUGAAAAUUUAUACUUAAGAUUAUACCAGUUAAACAGUCUGAUGGAAGAACAAUUACCUAGUCUGUGGCAACAUUUCUGUAAUACAGGCAUUGCAACUCACAUGUUUGCCUCGCAAUGGUUUCUAACACUAUUUACUGCAAGAUUUCCUUUAUAUUUUGUGUUCAAUAUUAUUGAUGUAUUUUUGCUGCAAGGAGUAAACACACUGUUUCAAAUAGCAUUGGCACUAUUAAAUUACUGCAAAAAGGAUUUAAUUCAACUAGAUUUUGAAGGAAUUUUAAAGUAUUUUAGGGUAUCUUUGCCUAAAAAAUGUAGAACUGAGGAAGUUGCUAAACAUUUAAUCCAAACAGCUUGCAGUAUAAAACUAAAAAAAUUAAAGAAAUAUGAAAUGGAAUUUUUAAGAUUGAAAGCGGAUCAAGAUCGGGAGGAAAAAUGCAGUACCGAAAUUGACAACUUAAAAUCUGCAGCAUUACGAAAUGAUGAAGAAAAACGUAUGCUGAUUGAUGAACUGACUCAGGUUAAAGAUAUGUUAGUGAAAUCUGAAAUUGAAAAUAAACGUAGUGUUGCUAUUAUUAAUGAAUAUAAGCAAAUUUGUAAAAGGCAAGAUGAGCAACUUUCUUCUACUAAAGCUCAAUUGGAGGAACUGAGGAAACGUACUGAAGCGUGUUCGACAUGUGGUACAUGUAAUAAGGCAUGUGGUGAUAAUGCAAACACUACUACAAAUGAAACAAUAAGGCAUCCAUUAGAAAUAAAAAAUGAACAAGUCUCAAAUAAAAUAAACAUAUCAAGUAAUGAUUUUGAAAGAGUCAUUGAUAGAGUUCGUGAGUUGGAAUUGGAGUUAGCUGAAACAAAAUUAGCUCAUGUGGAAGCUGAAUGUAAAAAUCAGGAUUUGAAUCAUCAACUUAAUGCUACACUGGCUGAAAUACAAAAUAGUCGAAAUAAUUGGCCACCUUGGUUAAGUAAAACACUAACAUCUAUUAAAGAGCAAGUAGCGACAAGAAGGGACCAACCAACAUUUCAAAGUUAUACUCACAGUAAUCAUUCUCCACAAAUGACGAGAAGAGAUUCAAAGACCCUGCCAAAUUUGAAAGAAAAAUCAUCAUCUUUACUUUCAGAAAAUGAAUAUUUCAAGCAUCUUCUGAACAAAGAAGUUUUACGGAGAGAUAGUAUGUCUCAGAAGAAAAUUACUGUAAAUCCAAACAGAAAUAGUUGCGAGAUAAAAAGUAGCGAAUUAAUGCCACCGAUUAAAGAUUCUGCUAGUUGUAACAGCUUAACAAUGCAAUGAGUUGAGAGGUUAAUAAUUCCUCCAAUUAUUAUUGUGUGGUCAUUGAUAAAUAAGAGCAAAAAUUGUCAAACAUUUAUAAUUUAUAACAGUUUUUGUUAUAUGCAAAAAGAUCUAAUCUAAUAUUAAUUCAUUGUGAUCUUCAUUAAUGCACUUGUUUGUCUCGUCAAUCUA